GGAUCCUCCUCUUCCCCCCGGCCGGUUUCUCUCCCCGAGCACCGAGACGACGACAGCGCAGCGGGAGUUGGGGGACCGCUCUCCGAAUCCGGAACCGCCGCCGAAUGUCGCUCCGGCGUUGUGCUCGCCGCCGAUGCCGAAUGCGGCGCUUCCCAAUGGAUUAGCCCCACUACGACGAGGAGAGAGCCCUGAGAUUUCCAGAGGAGGGGGGGUGCUCGAUUUGAUGUAGAGCCCCGACGGUGCGGGGACAGCCGAGAGAAAAAUGCAUGAGGGGGUGUUGCUGGACGACGUGAGUUCGCUGACCAAGAAGAAGAAGUCGUCGGACGAGCAGGUGGAGGAGGAGGAGGAGGAGGAGGAGGACGGGAUUAGGGUCACGCUCGUCUCCGACAGGGGCGGCGGCCGGAAGCCCCUCGAGCUCGUCGUCGCGCCCCCGAUCGUCGUCAGCCGGAGCCGAUCGCAGGCCGGGACGCGCCGGGUCGCCCCGGCGGUGGCCGCCGCCGCCGGGAGGGCCGUCGAGAAGGCGCUCCCCAACGGAGAUCUGUACAUCGGGAGCUUCUCGGGGAAUGUGCCGCACGGAUCUGGCAAGUACCUCUGGGCCGACGGCUGCAUGUACGAGGGCGAGUGGAGGCGAGGCAAGGCCUCCGGGAAGGGCAAGUUCUCCUGGCCUUCCGGCGCCACCUUCGAGGGCGAGUUCAAGUCCGGCCGGAUGGAGGGCCUCGGCACCUUCGUCGGCUCCGAUGGCGACACCUACCGCGGCUCCUGGACCGCCGAUCGGAAGCACGGCUACGGCCAGAAGCGGUACGCCAACGGCGACUUCUACGAGGGCUCGUGGAAGCGGAACCUGCAGGACGGGCAGGGCCGGUACGUUUGGAGGAACGGGAACGAGUACGAGGGCGAGUGGCGCAACGGCGUGAUCUCCGGCCGCGGCGCGCUGACGUGGGCCAACGGCAACCGUUACGAAGGGCAGUGGGAGAACGGGGUCCCCAAAGGGAAUGGCGUGUUCAUCUGGCCUGACGGGAGUCGCUAUUCCAUCUCUUGGAACAAGGACCUGAAGAUUCAGCAGCAAUUGGACGGGGCGUACUAUGCCGGCAACAACGGGAAGGAGCUCUGCUUGAAGAGCAACAACGCCGCCUUUGUCGCCGAGCAUCUGAUGCUCGCCACGAUGAGGAAGCGGUCCUCCGUGGACGGCGCGAGGGGGAGCUUGACGGAGAGGAACUUCCCCAGGAUAUGUAUUUGGGAGUCUGAUGGCGAAGCCGGGGACAUCACCUGCGACAUCAUCGACAAUGUGGAGGCGUCCAUAUUCUACCGGAACGGGAUGGGGUUGGGCCGCGACGGGUUUAGGGAUUUUAGGAGGGGACCCUGUUGUUUCAGUGGGGAUGCCAAGAAGCCAGGCCAGACGAUCUCCAAAGGGCAUAAGAACUACGACUUGAUGCUCAACUUGCAAUUGGGUAUCAGGUACUCUGUCGGGAAGCCGAGCGGCCUUCGGGAUUUGAAGCCGAGCGACUUCGACCCUAAGGAGAAGUUCUGGACAAGGUUUCCGCCGGAAGGAUCAAAGGUUACGCCGCCCCAUCAAUCGGUGGAAUUCCGAUGGAAGGAUUAUUGUCCAACGGUGUUCAGGCACUUGAGGGAGCUAUUUCAAGUGGAUCCUGCCGACUACAUGUUAGCGAUUUGCGGCAACGAUGCAUUGAGAGAGCUCUCUUCGCCGGGGAAGAGUGGCAGCUUCUUUUACCUUACUCAGGACGACAGAUUUAUGAUAAAAACUGUGAAGAAGUCCGAAGUUAAGGUGCUUAUAAGGAUGCUCCGUAGCUAUUACCAACAUGUCAGCCAGUAUGAAAAUUCCCUGGUGACAAAAUUCUUUGGCGUGCACUGUGUCAAACCUAUUGGAGGCCAGAAGACCCGGUUCAUUGUCAUGGCCAACUUGUUUUGCUCGGAAUACCGAAUACAUCGGCGGUUUGAUCUGAAAGGAUCCUCCCAUGGCCGCAUGACGGAUAAACCUGAGGAGGAGAUUGAUGAAACAACAACCCUGAAGGACCUCGAUCUCAAUUUCGUAUUUCGCCUGCAACGGAGUUGGUUUCAAGAGCUUAUGACGCAAAUCGAGCGAGACUGUGAGUUCUUAGAAGCAGAGGGAAUAAUGGAUUAUAGUCUGUUGGUUGGUCUUCACUUUCGAGAUACGAGCACGUGCGACAAAAUGGGGUUAUCUCCAUUCGUGUUGCGAACUGGCAGAAAAGAUUCAUAUCAGAAUGAAAAGUUCAUGCGGGGCUGCCGUUUCCUUGAGGCGGAGCUACAAGACAUGGACCGAGUUUUAGCUGGCAGGAAACCCUUGAUACGGUUAGGAGCAAAUAUGCCUGCAAGAGCAGAGCGGAUGGCUCGGAGGAGUGAUUUUGACCAGUACACUCAAGGGGGAGUGAGCCAUUUGACCCCUUCACGAAACAGUGAGACAUACGAGGUCGUUCUUUACUUCGGCAUCAUCGACAUCCUACAGGAUUAUGACAUCGCCAAGAAGUUAGAGCAUGCAUAUAAAUCGUUCCAAGCUGAUCCCACCUCAAUCUCGGCGGUGGAUCCAAAACUCUAUUCCAAGAGAUUCCGCGAUUUUAUAGGAAGAAUCUUCAUAGAGGAAAGGUAGCUGCUGGAGGGAAAGAGAAGUGUUUGAAGAUACAAACAGGCUUUGUGGAUGAACCAACGAUAGACCGCAUAAACACUCGAGUGGCAGCGAAGAUUCAUGGUGGAUCCCUCGGAGGGUCAGAGCGCGAGAGUCUGUAAAUUGGAGGCAUCGCUGCCAGUGCGGAGUUUAUGCGGUGGGUAAGCACCUCAUCGAGCUGGGAUGGUCGGCUGAAUUUUGAUGAUAUCAGUCAUUGUGAAGUGAAAGGGGGAAGGGCAAAUACUUGUACAUUGGUUGGGGGGGAGGGGGGAUGGGGAGGGCUCUUCUUAGCAUGGGAGGGGUAAUUUCUUUUGUUUUUAUUAUUUAUUUUCCCUUGCUAUUUUGAUUAUUUUUUUAAAAUGUGUUUCUUCUAGAAAUUUUGUGGGCAAGGCAAGGCAACCUAGGAUAUGUGAAGAUUUUGGAAAAAGGGGGGGGGGGGGUGGUAUAGGGAAGUGAGGAAAUGUUUUCCCCAGAGAGGAGUGAGAGAGAUUCAAAAAGGAAGAAAAUGGGAGGAGACUGUGGAAUAAGGAAUUGUACAGGUCAUAGAGAUUUAUGAUGAGAAUUUUAAAUGAAUUAUUAUUAUGAUGUGAGAUAUUUCCCAGAAUUACUUUUGAA